AUGCUUUGCAUCCGGUUUCGCCACAGCCUUUGUUUCGACUCUUUGUUCCCGUCAAAAGCAUCCCUUUCCACCGUGCCACGUUCACGAACUCGUCUGGAGUCCGUGCAACAGGCCUUGCUCUCCGUGUUGACUCCACAGCAGUGGCCGAGAAACGCCGACAAGCGCGCUGCGUCUUGCCUCCUUUACCCCAAUCUUGCGACUCGUCAGCAGUUCGCUCGCCAGCCUCUUUCAAAGCAAGCCGGUCCCUCCCUCUCACUUCAUCUGGAAGCCCACCGGCGGCCUUGUCCUCCACGGCAGCACGCAUCUCUUUCUUCUUCGCUCCGUAACUGUCUCUUCCUGUCUCCUGUGGUGGAUCGCGGCGAGUCGCGCCGGGUGUUCACGCUGUCCUCUCUCACGCAGCGACGGGCGUUCUCGUCGCGCAGACCGAAGGUGGUGAAGCACAUCACCUAUCGGGCACUGCGUCGAGCCAUCAAUGCAUUUAAACUGCAGCAGCUGCGCGAAAAUCCGCGGGACGUGGCGUCAGCUUUCGUCAUUCCUUCGUCGGCCCGUGCUCUUGAGAUGGGACGCGGUGGGGACUCGCUUUCGCGUGAUGUCGCGCGUGCGCCAGGCCCUGGAGCGCUCCCGCUGCGUCCGCCGACCUCCACCGACCUGCGCUCCACGUACACCAACCCCUUUCAGUAUUCCGCUUCUCUCGUCCCUGCGCCUCUUCCGUCACCUCCUCCCAUUCUCUUUCACCGCGCUGUGACGCUUCCGGCGUGUCCGGAAAAGGACCCGCAGAUCCGCGCGAGGCGCCUGCCUCUCGGGAACGUGAAGAAACUGAAGAGUUUCGAGCUCACCGCUGCGCUGUGUACUUACGCUCAGGUGUUUGUACACCACGGCGCGCUGUGGGCAGCCCUCGUCAAGGAAUGCGACUGUCGCAGCGAGCAGUUCAGUCCUUCCGAGGCCUGCUGGAUUCUGCAUGCGUUCGCCAAGGCCAAGGAGAGACGCGAGAAAACCGCCAAGGAGCGAGGCGCGCUCGCGCCCGCGUCUGCUUCGCUCGCCUUUCCCGAUCGCCAGUGGCUGCCCGCGACGCGGCGAGCUUUCAGCCGCCUCGCGUCCAACGUGGCAUGCAACUUUCGGCUCCUCUCCCUGCCUGACGCCGCGCGCGUCCUGCACGCGACCAGCGUCCUGGAAUUGCCGGACUCGCGGCUCUUUCGGCUGCUCGCGCCUCUUCUCCCCGAGCUCCUGAAGGAGUUUGUGGAGCAACCGAAGACCGUCGCUUCUCCCCAGCGGCUCCACUACGUCCUCCAACUCCUCGUGUGUGCUUUGGCGCGAGAGGGCAUGCAGCCCCCGGACGUCCUGAGCUAUGCGGGAGAUGUGUAUGCUUUCCACAUCGAUCGCUGGGUUCAAGAGCAACUGAAGAGCCGGCUCCGGCUUGGGAAGAAACAGAGAGGAACCGGGGUCGCCAGAGUCGCUCAGGAAGGCCAAGAGAGAGAGGCGAAAGCGAGAGCAUCUGGAGCCAUGAGCCUCGCGGACGGGAAGGAGAAAGGCCCCGUCAUUUUCCGCCUGGCCGACAUCGGAGACAACGCGUUUCAGACUGGCCAGAACGCAUCGAGAUCCUCGCCUGAGGAUGUGGAUGCUCUUCUCCCCCUGCCUCACCGUCUCGCUGCAAUUCUACACGCCUUCAGCCUUCUCCAGUAUCGUCACGAGCGUUUAGUAGCUUCCACCCUUCGCCUCUUUCAGUUGUCGCUUUCUUCUCCAGGUUCGCAAACAAAAGCGGGGACGCACAGGCUUCAGCUGGGACCGCCAGAGAGAACGCGACAUGCGGCGACUCUGGUGUCCCACGGAGUGGCCGCGAGCGGCAUGCAAGGACGAAGAAACGAAGAUAGCUGUGGCGAUGUCUCUCGGGUGGGUUUGACUCACGACGAUGCAUCGCGCACUUUGCGUUUGAAGAAGAGUAAGGAAAGCAGAUUUCAUGUCUGUGGAUUUCCUGAGGACGGCAUGCGCUCUGAAGCUACUGUCGCAAGUGCACCUCCAUCCUACGGCGCCGGAAGCAGUGCCAUCAACCGGCCUUCCUCGUCGCUGAUUUCUUCGUCUCCCUCCUCGUCGCCUUCGUCUCCUGCCUUUCCUGUGUCCUUCUCUGCAUCAGCCGCUCUUCUGCCUCCCUCUAGCGCUUCUCCCGCUGCAGUGUAUGUACACCCGAGCCCUCCCACGCUGGUGCCUCACAUCGCCAACUCGGUUCCGUUGCCGGCUGCAGAUUCCAGAAAGGCACCGGCAUCUUCGUCCUCUCUUGCAUCGCGCCACAGGGGCGGCCUUCCCUGGACUGGGGAAGUCUCCGUUGCGCGGGUACUUCUUCUGUCGCCGCACACCCUCAUGCGUCGCGGGCGAGGCGCCGGGAGAACCUCGUCUUCUGUCUCGGCGUCUGCGGUGUCUACCCAGCUCGGCCGCUUCGGCUUCUCGAGGGGCAAGUGGAAAGCGUCUCAAGCGGAGCGGGAGGCGCGCCGCUUUUCCACGCAACGCCGGAAACGCGUGGACUGGCGCAGGAUGCUACACAUGACCCUCGCUAGCCACAUUCCACCGGGGCGGCGGUCUCCGUUUUUGACAAGAGCUGUCGAACGAAACAGGCAGAGAGCAGCGUUGCUCGAGCGCCAUAUCGCGGCAAGAAGGUCGGAAACCGCUGCCAUCGCGUUUCGACCGAAACAGAAACCAUGGACGGCUUCCCAACUCGGGACAGUGCUCACGGCUCUAGACGCCGUAGGCGUGAAGAGCAGGUGCCUGCUGGACCUGUGGAAGAAGGCGGUGUAUGUACACCUCCACACCCUGUCUUUCCACGAGACCGUCGAGGCGCUGGACACAGCCAGUCGUGUCGGAUGGUACAGCCGGGCUUUCGGACAACGCGCGUUCGCGAGACUCGCGUGGUUUCUGAAUCCUGAAAAAGGAAAAAUUCGAUGCGUGAGCGACACGAUCCAAGCAGGCGAGCUUCUCGGCGAGUGGCCCAAAGGCUACAAAGAAAUGGAAGAAGCCGUGCGGUUUGUCAAGCGGAGAAUGACGAGACUAGCCAGAGAAUGGCUGCUGGAUGACGCAGGGGAAAGUGCACUCAGAGCUGGUCCGUCUCAGGGAUCCCCACCUCCGCCUGUCGCUCGGAGCAGCGUCCCGCCGCCUCAGCGUCUCCCUCUUCAGUCGGUUGCAGGAAUUUUCCCGUGGAGACCCAUCGAGGCUCUGUCUCGCGAAACCGUUGCGCCUUCUCUGUUUCCUUCCAUCUUGCGACUCACUGUGUCCCUGUUCCCCUUCGCUCCCCCAAUUCCCCUCGAAAUGCUUCUCCCACGAGUUCGCCAGUGUGCGCUCGGUGGCGACAUCUCUCUCAGAGCCCUCCACGAAAUGAUCAAAGAUCUGAACGCGCUGCGCCAGUUUCGAGCUCUUCGUGCUUCUAAGAGGGUUCGAGGCAACUUCUGCGCUUCGUCGGCGCGCGGCCAGCCCCAAUUGCGUCUUUCUUCUUCUGUCUCUCUCCGCCCUUCUUCCGCGCUCUCGGUUUCGCCUUCGUCGCACGAUGCGGCGCCGAAAGGCCUCCAUUCCGCCGGCAUGAGUUGUUUUCCACAAGAGGAAGGCAAGCCCCACCCUGCGAACCACGGCCACGAAGGCGAAGGCCUGGAAAAUGAAUUAGGGAGAUUAACCCGCACCUCAGAGCCUUUGACAAGUGGAAGGGACCAACCGCCAGCUCCAGAGCGGUUUGCGGAGCACAAAACCGCCCCGAGAACAACGAGAACUCUUUUACCGUCAGAGGCCAGCGAUCACUCUCGGUUCUGGUCUUCUUCGGGAGAGCCCACUGCGCGUUUGGAAGACGAAGAGGCAAUGGGAGAGACGCAGGAAGACUCGAAGGGCUGUUCGAAGCGAAGGAGCCAGGCGAGUCAGCGGACAGUGGAAGAGCUGCUCGACAGGACGGAAGCGACGCUAUGGCAUGUCGCUGACCAGAGAGUCCGUCGAGCUCUCGCCUGUGUUCAUGCAGAGGCAACGCAACACGGAGAACGGGAGUCAGAUAAAUCUCCUGGACCUGUGUUCUCUCCCGUGUUUCAGUCGAAACUGUCCGGGGUACAGAGGUCUCAGGGGCGUUCGCAGGUGAGAGAGGUCGGCGUCACUCUGGAAGCUCUUGCGAUGCACGGCACGUUUCUCUGCAGCUUCUCCAAAUCAACUCGGGAGGCUGUUGCCGGAUCGCGAUCUCAGCGUUCGGACUCAGAAAGGAAGGGAGAGGCAACCUGCUCAUCCGCCUCGACCUGUCGAGGCCUCGGCUCCUCUGGCGUUGUCGCGGAGACUGCAUCUGGGUGGCUGCAUGCUUCGGGCUCUCCCCCGGCCGCAGAGCAGCGAGACCCCGCGCCUGGCGAGGGCAGGGGAGGUGUACAGAGGAGCCGCGUUUUUGUUGUGAGAGGCGAAACAGAAGAGAGCACAAAAAGCGUGGACGUGCUAAAUGCGGUUCGCGGGAGUCUUCGGAGGUCUCCAACUGCUCGCGAGAGGCAGAGAAGCGAAGCAGGGACGGCGCUUCAGCAGGGAGGAGAUGGAAGCGAAGACGGCGAGAACGGGUGGAUCUUCCAGAGUGUCGGAGAGGCCAUGGCAGUUCUCGCACUCGAGGUUGCACCCUACAUUGCGAGUCUUUUGAGGCCGGAGCCGUGCAGCCAAAGGCGUCGGCGCGUCUUUUCUGACAUGUUGAAAGGGGCGGGUCCGGCGUUGUAUGAAUUUGGAGCCUGCGAAGGCGAGCGCGCAGGGAACACUCGCGAUUUGGAGAGAUCUGUACACUCUCGAGAGACGACCCCGCUCGCCUGCCUCCCUCGACCUUCACCUGCGUCUCCCGCUUCGAGCACUGAGAAUUCUUUGGAGACCGGCAGAGGGCUGCAUCGGCCUGCAGGUGCCUUGGAGGCCAGCGGUCGAGACGAGGCGCCGUCUGAGGAAACCUGUGACUGGAGCGGACUAGCCGAGGUCCGGGUCUCUGGCGUUCGCGGGGAGUGGGAGCCAGCGGCUGACAUUCUCGGCAAACUUGUCCACUUUUUCUCGAGUUUCUCGCAGCUAGCGACGGAGACCGAAGUGCGCCAAAGCCUGCAAAUAGUCUUGGGAUUCCUCCGCCACCCGAUCUGGUUGAGGCGACUCGACGCCCACCUGUCGGCUGCGCUCCAGAAGGUCUUGGAGCCCCCUGCAUGCGCGGGGCGCACGCUUGGCCAGCGGCAGGUUUCCGCGACUCGCUCAGAGUGGGAACUCGAUGUCCUGGAGCAGAUGACUGCGAUUGGAGCGGCGCUCCUGAGGCAGCAGCCACGCUGCGUGGCUUCGCUUCGCGCCGACGAUCUCCUCCUCCUUUUUGGGGACUUACGAAGCACCGCCAGACAGAUUCGAAGUGUCUUCCAACACGCUGCAGAUUCGAGUUACCGUGCCGGUGAGAUGCUGGAGAGGAACAAAAAUGACUCGGCUGAUCGGGGCGUGGACACCACAUGCAACCUGGCAAAGGACAGCAUUCAGAUGAUUGAUAUGCGUUUUGGAAGUACACUUCAGUUCCUUCAGCUGGCAGAGAACGUCUUGCUCCAAAGUGUGUGCACCCGCCUCAGGGACGUACCCAGUCUGAUUCAGGCUGCAACCCCCGUUACCGCGCUGUACGCGACCCUGGAGAUUAGCCGCUCCUGGACAGGAAAUAGGAAAGUCGAAAGGGGGAGAGGACGGGCAGUUGGAGAGUGCCAGAGAGACGGGAAAGACAGAAAGAUGGUUGCCGAGCCCUUCGCCGAGACAAAGCCACACGCUCGGGGAGCCGCGAACUUCGACGAGUACGGUGUACAGACAGCUGAUGAGGACACAGUCGAGCCGCCCAGCGAGGCGAACGGGAGGCGCCAAGUCCUCCAAGAGCUGGGGGCCCUGAAGGAAAAAGCAGAGUCUUCUGCUGAGCACUGCACUGCCGUUUCCUCCGAAGAAAGGCGGGUCUCAGAUCUCCAGACCCUACGUUACAACCCGAAGUUUACGCGGCGGUUGGAACAGCUGAGUUUGCUAAGCGCCACGUAUCCUCAGGCCUUGAGUGACGUGUGGCGUUCCUGCGAGGAAGUCGUUCCCUCUGGAGUUGAAACGAACCCCGGCUGCACGCACCACGCGACUUGGCCUGUUAGCCAGAGCAUUUCUGGUUUUCUCACGUCCAGCAACGGCGGCGCGUUCCACAGACAGGGUGGAAUCGCGAGUCGCGCUACAGUCGAACGCGAAGCAGACAACGCGUCCUCCCCGAUCACGCACAAAGCGUGCACGAGGCUCUUAAAUGAACACGGCCAAAGCUCUUGCGCGCAGCUGGUUAACGCCGUAGUCAGCGCGACACUCGAGAGUGAAGGAGGGAAACCCUGCUGGCAGCUCGGUGACGGAGAGGAGUGUCGAGCGUUUCUUCGAAAGUGGAGGGAUGGGAAAUAUGCAGAGCUCCAGAGGGAACAAAAACGUGCUGUUGCAAGGUCUAGACACUGGCUAGUGAUCAUGCAACGCGUCAGGGCGUCACGAGAGUAUGAGAGCCACACGGUUGAGGACGUCGGAGAAACGUCGGACCAGCGAAGGGAAAGAGCACCAAUUAAAGAAGAAAAGCAGUUUCAAUCUGACAGGGAUGAACUGGAUAAAUAUUUAACACGUCUAUUCGUGCUCUGCAUGCUGAAGCAGGAUGCUUCAGUGGCUCUAAUUCUGGACGGACUUCGUGUUCCAUGA